GGCACGGCGUGUGACUGUGUUACCCAAUGCGUGUGACCGAGAUCGUUUUCCGACAAUCUCGACCCCUGUUCCGCCGCCACCGACGACGACCGGAGAUUUUCCUUCCGACGCCGGAUCGUCGCGCUCGCCGCUCAGUCGCCGCCGCCACUGCAGCCGAUUAUUAUACCGUCAUUGGUCGUUAAUCCGAGCAAACCUGCGAUCAUCGUCUGCGGUCAUCCACCGUAUCCCGGGUAGUUUUAUCCGAUUUGUUCGGUUUUGUUUUCGCCAAAAUCACGCGCCCGUAUAAUUAAUAUCCAUUGGAAAUCGCCCGUACGAAAAUAAUAAUAAUUGUGAACUACAGUCACAAUAUUACCGACGAUAUUUGCUCGUAUUCCUGUACCCUCGGCGCGGUAAAUCGAAGCGAGAGGAAGUCGUCGCGCGGACCCGCGAAAACGCGGACCCGGCCCGGCGGCCACUGCAGCGUCCGGCUGCCCAUCACGACUAUUGGUUUCGUUCGUUCGCCGGUAAGAUGGAUUUUUAUUUUAGAGAUUCUUAGCGGAGCGAGGAAUGUUACCGGUCUUACACAUAUGAUGUUUAUUUUUUUUCGUUUUUCUACGAAAAACUACCCGGAAAUUGUUCUCCGGUUCUCUAGAGCAUCGCCUUUUCCGAGACGACAUUUUAUUCUGGUGGUACUUUAAGCGGGUCUUUUUGUUGAGAUUUUCCAAGCGGUUUUAGAAAAACAAGGAAAAUUUACGAAUUGUAUUAUUUCCGAUUUCGUUUUUUUGUGGUGAUUCAGUGAAAAUUAAUAUUUGUUGAGACUCGACAUUUAAACAGAAAACUGAUCAUUGUCUUUUCUAAACGAGGGAAAAUUUUCAAAAUAUUUUAACCAUUUGUAAGCUAUUUAUUAUAGACAUUUUAAUUUUGGGAAUUGUUUACAUAAUAUUUAUUCGGUGUGUGAUCUGUGGAUAUAAUGAAUGUUAGACCAUGUGCUUGAACAUUUAACAGGAAAAUCAUUAUAAGUCGUACUUUGUGGUCAAAAAAAAAAAAAAAACAAUCGAGUGUAAUGUAGAAUUUUUUUUUAUAAAAAAAUGUUGAUGAAAAUCGUAAAUAUUACGUCUUUUCAAAACGUGUAUAACCGAACUCCGCUCAGAAUUGUUUAUUGCUAGUAAAGUUUAAUCGUUGCGUACGGAUGUACAUUAAAUUCCCUUCUAUAUCUUACCUUCCCAACUUUUCACCUACAACAGUGGAUCACCCGUCGUGCGAAGUAUGAUAACCGCACACUUUUCAUAAGUCAUUUCCUUACACAUUGUUUAGUAUUAGGUAGGUAAAUUCACGGAGGGUUCAUCGCACACUUUUGACCGACAGUCGUAAACUAAUCGUAUCUAUUUAACUUUAUUUAUAUGAUGUUUUCCUUCCUUAUCAUAAAAUGUGUGUACACUUAUAAGUAACUAAUAAAUAUAUACAUUAUUGAUAGAUAUGUUAGGUACUAUUACUAUACUACUAUUAUCAGUAUUUAUGUAUUAUUUUUUUAUUAUUCUUUCUCUUUCUCUAGAGGUGCAUUGUAUUAAUCAUUAGCUGAAUUCAGGCUCUCUACCCUAACUACAAGCGUUGCUUACACGUUACAGAUGUAUCAACAUAUUAUAAUAUAGUAUUCAUCACAAAUUAUCUCUGUACUAUAUAUUUUUCACGUUAAAUAAAUAAAUACGAUGUAGUUUACCAAUAUUAUUCUUCUAUUAAUGUUAUUUAUAUUAUUGGAAGUAUAAAUGAUGAAUUCUGAAUGUUUACGGUAUUGAUAUAAUUAAAAGUGUGUGGAAUUGAACGAUGACUUUUUUUGAAAGUGUUCAGUUAUGAUAACCACCGGUUUUCCUAUCAAUAGUAAGUACCUAAAUCCGUGUAUUUUAAACCAUGUAUAAGAUAUUAGCUAACUUAAAGUCGAUUAAUUUUUAAUGUGGGCUAGGCCACUUUGGACCUUGAAAAAUCAUUAGUGGAUACACAUUUGGGUGGGUUAAUCCAUCUAAUUGAAAAUGUGUUGUUCACUUUAAUUUACAUUUUAGUGAAUAUAAACUCAGCUAUACUAUAUUGAAUUUGUAUUUAUAAAAAUGAAACAGUCAAUUAAAAACAUGUUUAUCUUCUUCCAAUGUCCUCUCUUCUUCGUACCUAUCAAGUAUAUGCUUCUCCGACCAUACAACCAGUUGACGCUGUGCGGACAAUAUAGUCAGUUGUUGUGAAAACAAUGAAACAUUCUCAAAAUAACUAUCGGUUCAGACACUUUUGAAUUUGUUGCCAACGUGAUCAUCUCAGAAACUCUACCAGUCCGGUUUGAUAAAUCACAAGAAUAAUAAGAAAAAUCGACUAGGUUGAAAAAGCCGAAAAAAAAGUAUAUAAAAAUUUUGAGACGUAAAAUUAAAAACAACCGGGUGUGACCACAAUUGUAGUGACACGCUAAUUUAAUUGCUAAUAAUAAUUCACUCAAAAUAUUCAAUAAGAACUCUCUAUUAGUUGGAAACUUAAACCAAGAAAAAUUAAAACAAAUUGAUAAGAGAAAAAUCAAACAUACCUAACAACGAAGUUUUUAUUCGCGUAAAAAAAAUUCAAUAUUAAAUAAAUUGGCGGAUUCAGAUCCAGACAAUUCGUUGUGUUCCUCUUUAAGUGAAAUUUAAAAUAUAAUAAUCUUAUUAAUAAGACUUUUGGUCUUUUGAUGUACUAGAAAUAGUGCAUUGUGGGUUCAUGGAAAAAAAAAUACUUCGUGAAGCAACGCAGCCGGAAAAUACAAUACAAAGAAACUGCGACUCGAUGUACUUGGGAAACGUAUGGAAGGCAUCUGGAAACGCCCACAUAAUACUUACAACAAUGGUAGACCCAAAUUAAAUUAAAACUAUAUUAUUAUUUAUUUAUAUUUAUAGUUAUUAUAUGUUUAUUUUAUUAUAACAAUAAACAAUAUGAUUUUUGAUUCUAUACAUAGUAUUACAUAUUUUAACACCUUAAUACCUUAUACAUUUUUUUUUUCUUUAAAUUAAUAAUUAUCGAUAAUUUUGAUAAUUUAUCCAAUUAUCCGAUAUUUACCAAUUCCUGUAAAAAAGCAUGGCAUUAUUUCGCAUACAAUUUUCCGAUUUAUGUGGAUAUAACUUAUUUAGUUCCAUAUAAAUUACGAAAAAACACGAACAAUUACAGGACCGUGUUAAGCCAUUUAGCGCCGGUGGACAUACAUUUUUAAACGUCCUUUUUUAUAGGUCUUACGUGGAGAUGAUUUGGGGAUUAAUCCCCAAAUUGUUUAAUUUUUCACUAUUUUAUUAAAUUCACAUUAAAUAUUAACAUUUUAACAUUUUACCUCCAUCAAUCAAUAUUUUCUUUACUUCUGAAUUUUCAUUCAUAGGUAAACGGUACGUAUUACGUUCUAGUAAGAUUGUACUUAUGUUCUUCUAAUUACCAUACAUUAUUCAUUAUUACUCUGUAAUCUAUAAGCAAAGAGUUUGAAGACAAAAUAAAUAACAAUAAGCGACAUAAUAAUAGUGAUAUUGUUAAUUUAAAUUCGAGUUUUAUAUUGAGCCGGAUACCUCAUAUAGUUUUAAAAAUAUUUGACGCCCCAUGGAAAAUGCCUCCAUUGCCUCCUUUUAACACGGCCCUGAACAAUUGUAAUUUAUUUUGUAGUUACAAAUUAAUAUAAUUUUCAAUUUCAAAUAAUCAUCAAAAUAUGAUAAACCGAACUUAGAGUGAGCUCAGAAUCGUUUUUCGUUAGCAAUGAUUUAUUGUUGUAUACAGAUAUUAAAUAACCCAAUGUAUUUUAUCUUCCUAACUGUCCUACAAUAAUGGUAUACCCGUUUAUUUAUUCUGUCUGUGAACAAUUUUGUGACCAGAAGAGUCAGAAGACCAUUUCAUUAAAUUCUUUAAUUAUAGAAGCUUUCUUGUAGCAUUUUGGAUAAAGUUAACUUGAGAGAUAUUCUUAUAAAUCGAAUAUAAAUUGAUUUUAUUUUUUAUUUAUGAAAGUUUUUUACAAUACAAUUCUUAAGUAAGUACCAAGGUACCUACCUAUAUUUUAUAUUUUGAUUAUUUUGUUGUUUUUUUUAAACAGUAGAAUGGUUAUUGUUUUUAAAUUAGAAUGGAUGAGGAAGUACAAAUAUUACAUAAGUUUCGUGUUUUUUUUUGGUACAAGUUAUUUUAUAAUAUGGCUUCUUCACUCCAACAAAGAUUGCUGUCCAAACGUGCUCAUUUUCAUACUGUCAUUUCUUUAUCCAAAGAUCAACUUUGUCUUCAUUCAAAGUGAUAUUAAUAUAUCUUGAAUAUUAUUAUGAACUAAUUUGGAAUCAUAAAAAUUAUUAGGUAAAUAACAAAGCUGCGUUUCAGUAAAAUAAUACAAUGAUUACCUUUAUUAAAAGUUAUAGCUAGUCCACGUAAUAUCUAUAUUAUUACGUAAUGUUAUGACAUAACAUUGUUAAAUAACUUGGUAGGUACCUAUUCUUAAUUUUUUAUAUUGUUUAAAUUGUUAUACACUGAGAUCCCCGUAAAAUAAAUUAUUAUUAGCUUUGCAUUAAAUUUAGCCAUUGUGGUUUAUGAUCAUGUACUUUCUUUUAUUAAAAAUAGGUUUUUUUUUAAAAAUAGUUUGAAUAAUUAAUUACCGUUUAUUUAACUAAUCUAGACCCUUUGAUCUUUAAAUCUGUUUAAGUAAAUAAAAGCAUAGUGAUGGACACUAACCGAAAAACCGUAUGCCGAAAAUACUGCCAGCCCUAAUUUAUAUUAGCUAACUGUUACCACGUAGACAUUUCUAAUGCUUUCUUUACUGAUUGCUUAAUAGGUAAAUAAGUAAUAGAUGUAAAUAGUAUUUAUGUGAAUAUAUAUAUUCUUAAACCUAAAAUUCAGAAAUAAUAACAGUUACCUACUAUUAUUGAUUAUUAUCGUAUUACCUAGCUUAAAAAUAUAAAAAUAAAUACGGGUAACUACCUACAUACACUCGGGGCCAUUCUCACCAAUGUAAAAAAAAAGGCAUUUAUCUGAUUCUUAAACUGAAUUUAUAGCUGAUAAGUGAAAACUGACCAUAAUUGGUCGAUUAUCUUAUAGACCGUUUAAAAUCAACGUUUACGUUGGUGAGAACGGGCCUUAGUCUUCUACGCUCUUUUAAUAAGACCAUCUAUCUACCUAGUUUUACAUCCAUCAUAUACAACCAGUGGUGUAGCUAUCUAUAUUCUAUCUAUAAGCUAUCUAUAUAUAUUCCCCAGAGUCCUUGUACUUAUAAAGAAGAAUUGUAGAAUAUAGAUAUAUAGACGUCUGUACUUAUAAAGAAUGUAUCACCGUGCUUCCCACGCGAUGUUAAUAUCUCUGUUAAUAUACAAUUUGUUUUAUGUUACAAUUCCAUUUUGUGUAAUGGAGUGAUAUAUUUAGAGAAAAAUUACCUUUUAAAUUCUAAAUGGGGCGAAGAAGCUUAUAGUUUUAUAAAGAUGUUAAUUUUUUUUUAUUUGUGCGCAACUUUUCUACCAGAAAUCUUGUUCGGAUUUCUACGUGUAGCACCUUUUCUGAAAGAAAAUCGGCGUGGGGAGGUACUUUAAAGAAGCCAUUUUUCGAUUUUCUCAAGAGUUUUCUCAUCAAAUGCAAAAAACCGGAUAAAAUUAGGGAAAAUCGUAGUAAAACUGGGAGAAUCAGAACAACAUUAAAUUAAUUUUCUUAAAGAAAAUAUAUGCCUGUUUAAUUAUUUUCUAUCAACUGAACUCCGUUCAGAAUCGUUUUUUCGUAAGCAAUGGUUUAUCGUUGCUUACAAAUAUAAAUUAAAUUCCCGUCUAUAUCCUACCUUCCCAACUUUCUACUUACACCAGUGGCUGCACCCGUCCCCAUUAUCUUAUCUUACCAUUUUUAUUUGUUCACUUAUUAAAAUUUUUUCAUUUACGUGGUAGAACACAGCGCGCGGCAUUUUAAUAAUGACAUUAAUUAUUUAUGUAAUAAAUAUAAUAUAAUAACAUUUAUUGUUAUAAUUAGCGACGUAAUAUUCUCCCUUAGCCAUCCAGUCAGUAAAGCUAAUUAUCUAACCGAAGGUUUCGAGGCAUGUUUUAUAAUUAUUACUCUCGUAUGCGUCCAAGGAAGAACCAUUGCAUAUACAACCUAUGUACACAUGAAUCGUGAAUAUGAGACAACAAUUUUUAUAAUAAUAUGUCUAUUACAAAGUAGUUAUUAUGAAAAUGUUAGUAAUAUGAAGCCAUUCUUUUGUAGUGUUGAGGGGUGAUAAUAAAAAUUUAAUUUUUCUCUAAAAAUUUGUUUUGAAUUUAUAGACCACGCGGUUUCUGUUAUCUUCGGUUUGGUGUUUUAGCUGUAAUUCAGUUAAAAAUAACCGUAGUGGCCUUAUCAAUUUUCACAGAAUAUUUAUAUUAGCCUUUUUUAGACAGUAGAUGUAGUACAAUUUUCAUAACAUUUUGACAUUUUUUCGAGUUAUUUAUAGCUAUUUGAAAUGAUCAAGUUUUAUUUGGUUUUAUGUUGACACAGAUGUUUUAACUUCUUAAAAAUAUAUGAAAAUGUUAGUUAAAAAACACAGCAAAAUUGUGAUUUAGGUAUUUUAUAGUAAUAAAUCAAUAUAGUUUUAAAUUUAUAUUUUUGCAAAUUAUGAUCGACGAACUUCACUUACUUUACGAACUUACACACUUUUUUUACCUACCUACCCCAUAUAUCCUACUUUUCUAAAUGUUCACCUACCUACAACAGUUGCCCACACAUAAUGCGAAGUACCAAUCCUCACCAUUUAUCGAAUUGAAAAUGUUUCUAAAAAAUGCUGAUCAUAUCUAUUCAUUUAUUAUUGGUGUAAUAGGUAUAUUAAUUAGAUAUGUUUAUUGAACAAAAUAUUAGAAUACAACUUUUUAAGGUAAACAUAUAGGUAUAUAUUUUUGAAAUCGUGUCACAUAAAGAAUUAUUACCUACCUAUGUUCAUAUUAUAAUUAAUUGUUUGCAAAAAAAAAAAUAAAAUAUACGUUUAAAUGUUUAUGUAGGUCUUUACAAAUAUGGAAGAAAGUAAAUCAUCCACUGUAAAACAAGCUCAAGCUGGAGAUGAUUCGGGUUACUCGUGUACAUCAACUCAAUCAAAAUAUAGGUAAGUAAAAUAUUUAAAUUAUAACUACUUAUUUGUGUUAUUUACUUAAGUAUUUAUAAGUAUUUUAAGAUGAAGGUAUAAAAUUAAUUUCAUUUUCGGAAAUGGAUAUGACAGAUGAUGAUGAUUUCUCAGAUUGCAAUUUUACUCCUUCUACAAUUAUAUUAAUAUAAUAUGAAAUACCUAUACCUAUAUAUUGGUUGUGUUCCUUGAAUUUUCUUAUAAUAUGUUCAUAAAAAAUGCCUUUCAAGAAAAGAAAUCUCUUUCCACAAUAUUAGGCAUUUAAAUUGUUUUAAUAUUAAGAAAUACUCAUAAAUGUAUGGACAGUAACCUAAUUUAAUACCUAUAAACUUGAUUAAUCACAGUGUUAAAUCAUGUCACAGCCAAAGUGCAUCUAGUGGAGACAGCUGUUUUGAAGAGAGAAUGUCAACUACAUUAGAAACAACUCAGAAUGGGUAAGUAAUGGAAAGAAAACUAAUUGGUUUUGAAUUUGAUAUUAUCAUACAAAAAUAAUAGGUACCUGUCUAGGUAGGUAGGUAGACCUACCUACUAAAACUUAGAUAACAAUUAGGUAUACCUAUUUAAAAAAAAAUGUCAAACAGCUCAAUACGAUGUCUAGAAAAAAAUAUUUUUAAACCUCAAACUUUCUUACCGUUUCUUAUUAUAUUUUCACUUUAACAUAAAAAAUUAACUUUAGGUUAGGUAUACAAUGUAAUAAAUUGAAAUGAAAAUAUAUUAAAACAUUACAUUUUAGUAGGUAACUUAAAAGUAAUAUUAUAGUAUCAGUAAUAUUAUAGUUAUUUUAUGUUAGUUACCUACAUUUAUUUAUAACUUUGUAAUUGAUAUUUAUAGAAAUACGUACCAGGUUUCUUAUAGAUUAUUUUAUUUUCAGUUUACAAAAACUCAAUUGUAAAUUAUUUAAAAUGUGUAAUAUUUAAGAAUAUGUCUUUUUUUUACCUUUAGGAAAACAAUUUCAACUUUGCAUUCAAAAUCUUCUGAGAAGAAAAAUGAAAUUUUAUUAAGAAAUGUAUCUAGCUUGGAAACUAGUAAUAAUCAAGAAUCAAAUAAUAAUAAUUCAAAAUCAGAGCAAAUAAAUUUAACUACAUUUGAACCACAACUGGACCAAUUAUUUAACGAUAAUGAUAGUAUGUAAAUUAAAUUAUUAGUACUUAAAAUUAAUUAAUUUUUAACAAAAUAUGUACUUUUAUAUAAUUUUCAGAAUUAAAAAAGCCAUCUUCUGCAUUUAAAAUGGAUUUAGACGAAGCUAGUAAUUUAAAUAACACCAAUAGGGAAAAUCAUGAUCAAAAUAAUGCAUCUUUUCUUCAACUAACAACUUUAUAUGAACCAUAUUGUGAUUAUAUACACAUUAAUGAUUUAUCUUCAAAUCCCUGUGAUAAAUCUACAAUUUCAAGUACAUAUAUCAAUAUGAAUUAUAGUUAACUAUUUUUUUCUCUUUAUUUCAUAUUUAAAAAAAAAAUAAUAAUAAAACGAAAAUUAGAUACAUACUAUCUUGCAAUAUGUUUAUUAUUUAAGUAGGUACUGUAUUUAUACAAAAAAUAAGACUAUUAAAUUUGUUUAAUGUUGAUAGAUAUGGCUUCAAAAAUAGAAUUAAAUGAAAAACAAAUGCAAUUGGAAGAAAUUAUUGAGUCUGAUGAAGUUCCUGAAGAAUCAUUUGGUGCUAUUGUAUCCAUGAAUGACGGACUAAUUAUUAAUACAUCUAGUAGUAUUCAUAAAAGUAUGGGUUAUCCAAAAGACAUGUGGAAAAGAAGACCAUUUACUGAUUUUAUUCACCCUAAAGAUAGUAUAGCAUUUACUAAUUAUGUGACAUCCAUUUUAAAAGAUCCUUGUGUGAUUUCUAGACAAGGUAUGAUUAAACAUAAAUGGUUACUUAUAUUAAGUCUAACUACCUACUUUAAUAACUUUAAUAUAAGAUAUAGUUAUUGGUAUAAUAUAAUAUUGAUAGUACAUGGUAGUAGUCAUGGUAUAAAGAUUUAACCCUGAGAAGUAGAUUAUGUUUUUUAUGAUUUUAAUGUAAAAUGUUUUUUUUUGUUUCGAAUAUAGAUAUAAAAAAUAUAAAAAAUAGUUUUAUAAUUUUGUUUAAAUUAAUUUUUUUUUUUUAAUUUUAACUCAACACAAUUUAGUUAGUAGGAAGAAUACUCAAAACAUAUAAAUUUUUAAAUACUAAUAUGAUUUAAAACAAAAUAACUUAUUUAAUCAAUACUUUUAGAUGAUUCAUCAAAUGUGACUUUUUUAAAAUCCAAGAACAACGAUGGAUUUUACUGCAACAUGCGAAAAUAUAAAUGUUUAAAUACUGGAUAUUCAAUAUCUCCAAAAAAAUAUCUCUACCAAGUGUGCAAGCUUACAAUAACAUUUAAAGAUUUAUCAGAUUCUUCAGUGUCACCGACUCUGAUAAAAACUAUCCAAGUAUCACAACCUCAAUUAAUACUAAUCAUUAAAGCACAGCUUAUUCACUCUGCAUACACUUGUAAGUUAAAAUUUAUAUAUAUCUAAAAAUAAAUUCAACACAUUAAAUAUUUAUUUUGUAUGCAUAGAUCCUGAGGAGAAAAAAGAAAAUCCACUGAUUUUUAUUACUAAGUACAAUACAUUAUUUGAAUGGUGCUAUGUUGAUCAAUUAAUAAUUUCGUAUCUUGGGUAUUUACCACAAAAUAUCAUAGGUACAUCAAUUUUCAACUAUUACAAUAAAGAUGACCUAACAACUAUCAAAGAAAUUCAUGAGAAUAGUAAUUCAAACAUUUAUCUUAUAAACUUAUUUUUACCUGUUUUAACUGUUACCAAUAUACAUUUAUUAAUUUUUUUUAUAGUGAUUAAGUCUAAAAGUGUUCCAUUUAAAGGAAAACCAUACUGGUUUAAGUGUCAAAAUGGUGAUUUUGCAUUAGUACAAACAGAAUGGUCAAAUUUUGUAAAUCCAUGGUCUGGAAUUGUAGAGUUUGUUAUCGGGAAACAUCAAGUGAUCCAAGUAAUUAAAAAAUAGUUGUGAAAUUUUGGUUUAUAGAUGACUAAUAAAUUAUGAUUUAAGGGUCCUAUUAAUCCUGACGUAACUAUUCCAGUUGAUAACGUUACAUCUGAGGCAAAUGUAUUGGAAAAUAAAAAGAAACUUGAAUUAAAUGAAGAUAUUAACAAAACACUGAAUAAGGUAAUCUAUUAUCAAUUAUUUAGAUUAAAAUGUGUAAUAGAUAGGUUAGGUAUAGGAUGUAUUAAUAGCUUUUCUCUCAAUAUUACCAAUUUAACUUUAAAUGUAAAUUUCUUUGUUUAUAUUUUAUUAUAGAAUAUAAAUAAAGUUAUUGAAAUUCCACACCAAAAGAAUCAAACAACAGAUUUAAAAACUAAUGUAAAGCAACAAAUAUCACAGAAAUUCAAAGAUAUGGCAUUAUUUAUGAAUUCCUUAGUAGAUGGUAUAGAUCCAUCAGCUUGUAUUUCUCUGAAAGUCGAAGUACAACCUGAAACGUGUGGUAGUUUUUCUGUAUGUUUCAAUAACACAAUAGAUAUAGAGAGUUAUUUUAAAAUAAUAAUAUAUUAUGUUUAAAGGACCACAACUCAGUGAUGUUAGGAGAAAUAUCUCCACAUCAUAACUAUGAAAGAAAAUCGAGUUCUGGAACAUCACCAAGUUAUACUCAACUUAAUUAUAACGACAAUAUUCAAAGGUAUUUUCAAUUUAUUUUAAAAUACAAUUUUUAUUUGAUUGCUGUUCCUUUCAACCAAAUAUUAUGUGUUUUAUUACUGAACAAUUUUUAUUUCUGUAGUUUUAACUAAACAAUAAGUGCAGGUAAUUAUAAAAAUAAUUAUUGUUCAAUCAUAAUCAUCUCUAAGUAUUUGUAGUGGCAGCUUUAUGUAGUUACUAAUUUUUAAAAUACAUCUAACAUUCAUUCAACUAUUAAAUAGCCAAAUAAUAUAUAGAGCAGUAGUUCCUUAAAAAUAAACAUAUUUUACUACCAUUGGUGCAACUAGGGUUCCCAGUAAAAAAAUGCACGAUAUUAAAUUAAAAACAAAGAAGCCAAAACAAGAACUAUAUAUACCUAUUUUGUUAAUUUUUAUUAAAUUCUAAUUUUGAAACUAAAGAAUACCUAAUGACUUAAUUCCGUCUGCUUUAUUUGCACCAAGGUACCUACACAGCUCAAAUUAAAUUUUGUAAUCAUUAUUAAAUUUUAGAAUUUUACUGGGUUUAACUAUAUAAUAUGUUUAGAUUUUUCAAAAGUAAUCUCAAGUCAAGUUCAUCAGAAGAUAUGAAAACUGAAAUUUAUUCUACAGAAAUUACCACAGAAGAUGAAGUUACUCCUAUUGACAUGUUAGUUACAAAAACAAACUUAUAUAGUUCAUUAAUUAUAUACAUUUUUAAUUGUUUUUCAGAGAUACAGAUAAUGUUAAAAAAGAAUUAUGUCCCUUGCAUCAAAAUGUAACACCCUAUUCAAGUAUUAAUGAAAAUCAAAUGUCUACAGGCUAUUAUUCAGAACAAAAUUUAAAUCAUAAUCAUCAACAACCACUUACACAGAAAAUGUUACUGCGGUAAACUAUUUUAAAAGUAUCUAUUUUAACAAUUUAGUAUAUGAUACAAAUUUGAAAUAGUGUUAAAUUAAAAACAAUAAAAAAAAAGAGAACUGAUACUGGGAUGGGAGCGACUACUGUUAUAGGUGAGAAGUUGGGAAGGUAGGAUACAUAAGAUUAUUUCGUUUAUAUCUUUAAGCAAUGAUAAACCAUGGCUUGAUAAAAGAUGAUUCCGAGUGCAGUUCGGUAAUAUAUAAUUUGAAGUGCCCUAUUUUUUUGGUGGUUUUCGUUUGAAUUUGAUUUCAAAACGCUUAUUAAAAAAAAAUCGUUCGAUGAUUUUGUUAAUUUUACCACGUCUGGGUAAGUACAAUAUAAGUAUUAUUACUAAGUUUCAAGUCUCUGCGUGUCUUUAUAACCAAAUUACAGCAAAAAUCUACCGAAAAUUAAAAUUCAUUAAAAGCUCAAAAGUGGCUCAAAAGUUUUGGUGAUGAUACCUUAAGAAAGUAAAUCAAAAAGGCAACAAAAAUGGUGUCUAGUAAUUUUUCGAUUAAAUCAUUUUUCCUGGUAGAAAAAAAACGUCCGGAUUUUCAUAAAAUAAUGCAAUCGUGAAAUUGUAUGUUUAACUAAGUUUUUCCCACUUAAGUGCUUUUAUUUAAAAAUGGUGUCAAAAAUCAAAAAAAAAUUACCUCUUUAAAAUACCAUCUAGACAACUUGAGCUUUCAGAAAAGUUGCUACACGUAACAAUCGGAGCAAGUUUUAUAGGAAAUAACGUGUUCACUGAAUAGAAUAAAGAAAGAAUAAGAAAUAAACAGCAUUGUAAAACUAAUAGUUCACUCGCUAUGCUCGGAAUCUAAAAUAAUAUGAUUAAAAAUUUGUAUCAUUUAUUUUAUAAAUACCAUUUUUUUUUUUGAUUCCAGUCACACUAAAAAAAUGGAAGAUGACCUUGUCAAACAGCAUAAAAAUAAUGCAAACAAAAUAAAAUCUUGUAAAAAACAUUUGCCAGAUGGAACUAUAGAUAAUGUAAAUAAUAUCUAAACAAGUUAAUUUUGAAAAUUUUAAAUAUGUAUAUUUUAUUUAGCCCGAUACACCUCAUGGACUAAAACGUUGCAAUUCAAGUUUAUAUGAAAAUAAACCGCACAAGCUAACUAAAAGAAAACAUGCUGUAAACAAUAAUAAUGUAACUGAUGUAAUCACUGAAACACAAAAGAGUGAAGACAAUACAGCUAGUAUUCCUGUCAUUACAAAAACAAAAAUUUGGCCUCCUUGUCAGAUUACACGAGAUUCACAAACAACGUCAGUGAUUUAUUUUAUUAACUAUAACACAAUUAUUAACUAUAUAAUCGUUUUAAAAUCUAGGUUUGAUUUACCAAGACCACCAACUUUACCAAACCAAGUACUUUCAUAUAAUAUACCAUAUGGUGAUAAUGUAAUGCCAGUAAAACACAACGAAUAUGAAAAUACAUGUGGUUUAAUGGAUCCAUACCAUCAAAAUCAAGGUAUAGUAUAAAAAUAUAAUAAUUUUAAUUAAUUAUUAAAUUAUCGAGGUUUUAUUUACUUUUAAUAUACUUGCAUAUAGUAUUUAUGUAGAGUCUAAUAAAUAGGUACAAAAGUGCAAAAUAGAGAAGAAAGAGUGUGUAUACCUUUUUACAUGUCAAAAUAAUUAUAAUAAUUAUAACUUGUAGAUUAAUAUAAAUAAUAAAAAUAUUUUAUUAUAAUUAAAAUAUCUGUAAUAUGUGUUUUACAGAACCAUUAUCCAGUCAAUUACAACCUAUGCCAUUAUAUGCUACAAUACCUGUAAUUAAUCAUAUUCCUCAAAAUUCUCAUAUUGUACAACCAUAUUUACAUUAUCAUAAUCAGGUUUGAAUUAGUUUAAUAAUUUGUGUGCUUCACCAGGGCAAAAAUUGUCGGUCUUGUUCUGUAAAUUUAUGUGUUUCCUAGUAGUCAAUAGUGCUUUCAUUAUAUUUAAGUUUUCUAAAUUGUAUGACUUGUUGACUUGUCAACAUCAAUUUAAAAAAAGUAAUAUAAAUUAAUACAAUUUAAAAAGCUCUAAAAUUAUCAAUUAAUAAAUGGUUUGAAAAUUGGAACCCAAAAAACCAUUUAAAAAAAAAUAAUUUAAAUAAAUAUAAAAUAAUUAAUUACUUGACUUCUAAUUAAAGUAUGAAAUUUUUAUUAAUUACAAUAUAGUUACUAAAAUGGUAGGUUACAAUAAUUUCUAUAUUUUGAUAUAAUAAUAAUAUUAAAAUAAUAUAUAAAUUUUCACUAAAAUUUUGCACAAUAUAUUGUAUUUAUUUAUUUCAAAAAUGAUUUAUACAAAUAAUAUUUAUUUACUUACAAGAUGCAAUGAGUAUAAUAAUUAUUCUAGAUAAUAGAUUGAGAAACCAUGCUUUUUUGUAAUUGCAUGAUAGGUAAAUGUAGAUUAUAUUCAAAUUAUCCAAUUUUAUUUUUUAGUUACUUUUACCACAACCAAGUCAGGAUAUUCAAUAUGAAAAUCAAAUGGAACAAAACAAAACUCCAAUUGCAAUAUCAAAUAAAUUUCAUCAGGUACCUAAUCGUCUUAUUACAAAAAUACAUUAUUCUAUUCAAAAAGUAUAAAUAUGUAAUUAUUAUAUUUUUAAAUUUAUAAGUGAAAUUAAAUUACAUUCAGAGAAUCAUAAUAUAAAUAUUUUACAAUUAGCAUGUUCAAUAUUAAUUAUGAGGUUUUUUAAGUCGCAUACUACAAUAUCAGGAAUGCAGAGACACUUUAAUACCUAAGAAUAUUUUUGUAUUUUAAUUGUAUUACAAAAAUGACAUGGUUCUAAAUAGGUUAUAUGCUUUAUAGUAAACAUUAUGCACUGAGAAGUAGAGCUAAUCGAGAGGCUUAUUAAUGGUGGUGAUAUAGAUACAAUGGGAAUCUGAUUGAAUAAGACAAAAGCCAAUUGGCCACCUGAUCAUCUUAUUCCGUCCCAAUUUUACAAGUAUACUUAAAUAAAUAGGAAGUAAAACUACAUAUAAUGAACAAAUAUAUAUUGGUAACUAAUACAAUUUUACUCUUCAACUCUUCUCAGAAUUUUGGUUGAUUGUUUAAUACAAUUGAGAUUUAUAAAAGAAAAAUUAAAACCUAAUAAAAUAUUUAUAUUUUUAAAAAUAAAUAUAUAAUGAUGUUUUUCUUAUUACCAUGAUCUAAAAGAACACACAUGAUUUUGCAGGUAAACCAAGACGAAUUCAUUACAAGUUCUGAUUCAGAAUGUAAAAAAGAAAUUGGGAGUUUUAAGUCUAGGUAUAAUCAAAUUUAUAUGUUUAUAUAAAAGAAAAACUAAAUGGUUAUACUUUGUUUUUAGUAGUGGAUGGGUACAUGAAGACAGUAGUGUUUACUCUUCAAGUUUACGAGACAAAACAGACAGUAGUGAAAAAGAGGUUUGUAGAAAAUUCAUUCUAAUAUAUUAGCCAAUAUUAUGCUAUUAUUUAAUAAUAAUACCCAUAGAAUUUCCUGCUGGUAUUUACUUAUAUUAAUUUUUAAAUUAUUAAAAAGUUUCAGGAAUAUUCUUGGACUCAUCAGUUUAUUAAAAAGGUAAAACUGCUCUAUAUUUUAAAUUAUUUAAAAACAAAGACCAAGGAAUAAUAAAUAUUAAAUAAAUUUUAGCAACCAUUUUGGAUGGAAGAUGUUGUAUCUACCCCAGAUUUAAUUUAUCGAUACCAAAUAGAAUGUAAGAACAUAGAUGAAGUGUUGCAAAAGGAUAUAAACACAUUAAACACACUUUCUCAAGUAAAUUAAAUACAUAUCAUUAUAAUUAUACACAAAUAUGCAUACAUUAUUUAUAAGAACUGUUUGACAUUUGUACCAUAUUUUUUCACUUUAGCCACUAUUAGUUAAUGAGCAGUUAAAACAACUGUACACAGAACUAGAUAUGCAUGGUGAUACUAAACCAUCAUAUUUCGAAGAUAGUACAUCAUCAAGCAGUGGAGAUGAUUGUUUAAUCUCUAUUGGAGUAAGUAUAUAUAUAUAUAUAUUUAUAAAACCUAUACAUUUACAAAUUUUAUUUUUAUUAAUUUAGAAACAUAAGAAAAGAAAAACAGAUUUCUUUAGAAAAGCAAUGAUUCAUGAAGAAAAUGCUCCUUUCCCACCAUCAAAAUCGCCUCAACUAAAUUAUUCAAUGUAAGAUAUUUUAUUAUAGUUUAAAGAUAAAAAAAUUGUGACACUCAUUUACAUAAUUUUAAUUUUAUCAAGGUCAUCAAACAACAAACAAUCAACUGCAUAAAUUUCCAAAAUUCUCAUUGAAAAAAAAGAAGAAUUAACUAUAAAUAUGUAGUUAUAUUUAUUUUAAUAUAUAUUUGCAUUAAAUGAUCUAAUUUUUUUGGUUUGUGGUAGGUAUUUGUUAACAAUAAUUAAUUUUAAAAAAAUGUUGGUAUCUCAAAAAUAAAAUGCACCAACUAAUUAUUAUAAUCUAUAGUCUACCUAUUUUAUUGUUGUUAAAUACAUAAUAUCAUUAACUUAUUUUAAUAAUUAUUUAGUUUGUAAUAAGGUUAUUUGUUUCGAUUGAAAUAAAAAAAUUCCUACUGCUU